UUUUACCGGCAAAUAAAGUUAACCAAAAUGGUUGCCAAAAAAGUCGCAAUUAUCGGCUGUGGUGUCGGAGGUCUGACGGCCAUUAAAUGCUGCCUCGAUGCUGGUUUGCAACCGACAUGUUUUGAGCAGCAAUCAAGCUUUGGUGGCAUUUGGAACUACACCGACGAACCUCGACCGGGUUUGGGCUCCGUGCAUUCCGGCACGGUAACCAACAUUAGCAAAGCAAUAAUGUGCUUUUCUGACUUUCCUGUGCCCAAGGAAUGGCCAAAUUACCUUCACCAUCGUCUGUUUAUGAAGUACUUACGAUUGUACGCCGAGAACUUUGGCUUAGAGAAGUACGUCAGGUUUAAUACGAAGGUCACAAAGCUAUCGAAGGCCACGGAUUACAACGAGACCGGCAAAUGGGCUUUAUCUUAUACAAGGAAUACAAGGCAGGCCGAAAAUGAGGCGCCGAACAAUGGGAUCCAAAUAGACGAGGAGAUAUUUGAUGCUGUAAUGAUAUGCACUGGGCAUCUUUCCAUUCCAUCCAUACCUGAUAUUCCAGGAAUGAAGCAAUUUCAAGGUGCUAAAGUGCACAGUGGAGAUUACAGAAGCUUUAAGCCUUAUGUUGGAAAGAGAGUUGUUGUCGUUGGCUGUGGCUCUUCUGCAGGUGAUAUUUCAAUUGAGCUGAGCCUGCACGCAUCUCAAGUGUACCUCAGCACAAGAAGCGGCGGUUACAUCGUAAAACGCCUAGUACCUGGUACCACAAAACCGUUCGACCAUCAAAUCACGAGGGCUGCGGGUUUAGUAAACAAAAAUUUGAAGCGAUUCUACGUUAGCGGUGUCCACAACACGGAGUACGAUUUUGUGCGUCUUGGACUACAACCCAGCGGUGUCCUUGGAGUUAAUCAAUUUGGAUUUGUCAACGAUGAACUACCGACUAAAAUAAUCACUGGUCGAGUUAUUGUAAAAGGCGAACUCAAGGAGCUACGAGAAACGUCUGUAGUAUUUGGCGGUGAAGAAGUGUUGGAGAAUAUUGAUGCUAUCAUCUUUUGUACUGGGUUUAAAUUAGAUUUUCCAUUUGCACCUGAUAUUAUCCCUGUCGAGAACGAACAUUAUGCAAGGUUGUAUAAGCAUAUAUUUAUCCCGGAAGCACAUCGCCAAACUCUGGCAUUUAUAGGCCUGAUUGAGACCGUCGGCUCGGAUGUACCCACCUGGGAAAUGCAGGCCAGGGUGGCUGCCGAGGUUUUUGCCGAAAGAUGUGUUUUGCCGAGCAACAAGGACAUGCUGGCUGAAUGCUUAGCGAGGGAAGAACAGCUCUCAAACAUUGGUAGAUCGAAAGAGAAGUUUUUACAUGGAGUUCCGAUGAUAGCCUACAUGGACGAGAUUACUGAAAUGAUCGGAGCAAAGCCUGACUUGUGGUCAAUUUUUGCAAGAGACCCUCAACUUGCCUAUCAUUGUUUGUUUGGGCCUGCUGUUCCGGCUCAAUAUCGGCUCCAAGGCCCAAAUACCUGGGAAGAUGCAAGAAAAAAUAUUUUGAGUGUUGAAGACGACUACAAAUGUCCGUUGAAAACCAAGAGAUGUUCGCCGGUGAUUAAAACUAAGCCUUAUUUCCAUCGGAAUUUUGCUGUGGUUUUAAUCAUCUUUUUAGCGUGUAUUUUUUGUUUCCUUUCGUAAAGAAAUAUUGUAAUACAUAAUGUAACCUUAUCUAUCGCCUUUAUUUUAGAUAUCUGUGAAAAUAUGCUGAUAUUUUGUUCUUAUAUUCGGUUAAGUUAGCGCUGGAAAAUGUCGAGUUUCAACGUGAUUAAAAGAAAGUUUUUAUUCGGUUUUAAUUUGCAAAUAAAACACAUAAAAAAGGGCAAAUGAUACUUCGAGUCAAACUGCUUAAAACUGGGUAAAAAAUAUGACAUUCUGGUAUGUAUUAUGACGAGUAAACAACAAUGUAAUUUGAGGUAAA